CAAGCCAACUUGCCCGGCUCGGGAAAGUGCGGCGCCGGGCAGCGCAGCCGGGGAGGGGUGGGGGCAACCUGCGGCGGCGGCGGCGGCGAGAUGCGGCGGCUGCGGCGCGGCUGAUUUGCGACCCCGACUCCGCCGCGGCUCCGCGCAGAUGAGGAAACUGAAUUUGAGAGAACUUGAGUUCCUGGCCUAAUCUUGCAAAGCUGACAGUUCUGCCCCAGAGACCACAAGUAUGAAUACCACAGACAACGGUGUCAACUGUCUUUGUGCUAUAUGUGGAGACAGAGCGACAGGAAAACACUAUGGAGCAUCAAGUUGUGAUGGAUGCAAGGGCUUCUUCAGACGUAGCAUACGCAAGAGUCAUGUUUAUUCUUGCAGGUUUAGCCGGCAGUGUGUGGUUGACAAGGACAAAAGAAAUCAAUGUAGAUAUUGUCGAUUAAGAAAGUGUUUUAGAGCAGGAAUGAAAAAAGAAGCUGUGCAGAAUGAACGAGAUAGAAUAAGCACCAGAAGAAGCACAUUUGAUGGCAGCAACAUCCCCUCCAUUAACACGUUGGCACAAGCCGAAGUUCGGUCUCGCCAGAUCUCAGCUUCCAGCCCUGGUGUAAGCACUGAUAUAAAUGUUAAGAAAAUUGCAGGUGUUGGUGAUGUCUGUGAAUCAAUGAAACAGCAGCUCUUAGUGUUAGUGGAAUGGGCUAAAUAUAUUCCUGCCUUCUGUGAGUUGCCGCUGGAUGAUCAGGUGGCACUGUUGAGAGCUCACGCAGGAGAACACUUAUUGCUUGGAGCAACAAAGAGAUCUAUGGUGUAUAAAGAUAUUUUGCUUUUGGGAAACAACUAUGUCAUCCAUCGCAACAGCUGUGAAGUGGAAAUCAGUCGUGUGGCCAAUCGGGUUCUGGACGAACUGGUCAGGCCGUUUCAAGAAAUCCAGAUUGAUGACAAUGAAUAUGCCUGUUUGAAGGCCAUCGUAUUUUUUGAUCCAGAUGCAAAAGGACUAAGUGAUCCAGUCAAAAUUAAGAACAUGCGUUUCCAAGUGCAGUUGAGUUUGGAGGAUUACAUCAAUGACCGGCAGUACGACUCCCGUGGGAGGUUUGGAGAGCUGCUUCUGCUACUGCCCACCCUGCAGAGCAUCACUUGGCAAAUGAUUGAGCAGAUACAGUUUGUUAAACUUUUUGGGAUGGUUAAAAUUGACAACCUUCUUCAGGAAAUGUUAUUGGGUGGUGCUUCCAAUGACGUUAAUCAUCUCCAUCAUCCAAUGCAUCAACAUUUGUCUCAGGAUCCAUUAAAUGGACAAACAAUACUUUUAGGUCCAAUGUCUACACUAGUUCACACAGACCAGAUCUCAACUCCUGAAACCCCACUCCCUUCCCCACCACAAGGCUCUGGGCAAGAACAGUACAAAAUAACUUCAAAUCAAGCUUCAGUCAUAGCACAUCAAUCUCUCUCCAAACAAAAGCAAUUGUGAGAAUGUGUUUACUUCUGAACGGCACUGCAUAAAUGUGAAAAGUUGUUGGUCUUGAAAUAUCUCAGGAUAGUAAUUUUGGCUAAUUCUUAGCCAAGACUUCUUCAUGGUGCUGUUAUAAGAUGAUAUCCUAUUUUCUUGUUUAUAUACUCAUUUAUUUGUUGUUGCUAUUGUUUAAAACCUUUGGUUUCAAGCUUUAUGUAACUGAGUUUCGAUGUUUAUAUAGUAUGUUUUUCCAACUUCUCUUGCACUGUGCCUCAAAAAGUUGAAUAUUAUGUUCUACUUAUGUUGUCUUAAUAUAACUUAAAUCUGUAAAUAUGUGCUUUAUCAAGGUGUGAUGCAGAAGCAAAGUUUUUUGAUAUAAAAUAGAUCAGAAUACCAGAUUAAUAUAAAGUGAACCAAAUUUUUUACAAAUCUUAAAUUUUCAAAUUAGAAAAAUAAAACAUUUUUUUUGUAAAAAAGGGCAUAUUUCUUUGAAGAAUCACUAAUAGAAAGCCUGUGGUUAAGUUAUGUUGUUAAGAAAUAAGUUUUUCACACAGAAGAAAAUAAAUAUACCUUUGGUUUAAAACUUGCUAAAUCAUAUUUCCAGGUAUGACCAAGUGCUCUUUGAAAUCUCCUGUGUUUGAAGAUGUACAUUGAACAACAAAAUACAUUUUGCCAUUUGUGAUAAAGGCUGUACUAUAAAAAAAUUAAAAUAAUGGCAACCAAGAGCGAUGUUUAUUUUUCUCUUUCAAGUGUAGAAGUAUUCAUUGAUUAGAAUUUAGCUCAUGAACACAUCAGCUCCCACAAGACUGAGAGAUAAGACUUUAGGUAAAAAUUGAUGUACCUCUUAAAAUUGUACAACUGGGAAAUAGAUAUAGGGAGAUAAACUAACCAUCUUUUACAUGUGUUGUCUGGAUUUUUUUCUUCUGUUUAUUUUUUAAUCACUCUGGGAUUAUAGCUAGCGGUACUCAGGGACUGCUCUUCUAGUGGUGCUUGAGGGACUAUGUGGCUCUAGGGACCAAAGCCAGGCCUCCUGCAUCAGAAGAAGAAUGUACUCUAGUUCUUUGAGCUAUUCUUCCAGCCUGCAUUGUCUAACUGAAGCUUCUUCAAAACCCCAUAAGAGAUAUAUUACUAUCUUUUAUAGUGAAUGAAAUCUUUGGCAUCGGUGGUUUAAAUAAUUUAACCAAAGUUCAUACACUUAGAAUAAAAAAGCAACAUUGAAGAUCUGGUUGACUUUUAUGCGAAUGUUUGCAAUUGGGUAAUGCCUGCCUGAAUGGUGUUCAUAAUGUUGCCUAUAACACGUAUUUCCAUGUAAGCCUUCAGUGUGAAUUUGUUGCAGCGGGAAGUAGAAAAUUCUUUUCUACUUUUAAUUAACAUCUCUGCUAACAAGCUGUUAAAUUAAAAAAGUAAAAGAUGCAUUAGAUAAGUUCCAAGAAUACAAAAGCCACCAAUUAGACAGAUUUUUGAAAACCAAGGGUCUGAGAGAAUACAGUGCAUGUGUCAUUCUAGACUGAAGAGUGCAGAGUAUUAACUAAAGUAAGCUGGGGCCUAUUUUAAAACAGUUUAUGCUGGACUGUCUCAUGAGGCAAUAACUCUCUUAUCACACACAUCUGAGCACAAUAUAUUUGCUAAAGCAGGGAAACAUCGUUUAGUAAUUAUCACUGAUAAAGCGGUAUAUCCAAAAAUCUGAGAGCCACCUUUAAAUGUAUGUUAUUUUUUUUCAAGAUCCUCAGAAUUUCUGAUUCUAUGAUUUCAUAGUGUUCACUAAGUUAUGGGAUCUUAAAGUUAAACUGAACUCAAGUAGGGAAAAAUGAUUACUUAGAAACUAUCGAUACAUCCUUUAAGAGCUGGCACCUUCGUGAAACUGUAAAAUAUAUCUUUGAAAGAGAAAGUGAGAAAAGAGGAAAGUUUAUUUAAGUUUUUUUUUGAAAAUUUGCUCUAGCAUCUCUAUUUAAUGAAUAAGAUUCUUGAUUUUUUUAUAAAGAUAAAUAUCUUUGUAGUUUUCUCUUUAAUAUCAUAUGGUGUUCUCUUAGAAGAUAUUAAAAAAACCUUUGAAAUGUAAAAUUCAUUUUCAAUCCUUAACUUACCUGCAUACAUUUGCAAACAGCUAUGUGUGGGAAAUUAUUGCAUAAAAAUUGUUUUAAUAACUGUGGUCAGGGAACUUGUAAUAUAUUUUUUGUAUACUUAACUGCAAAAAGUGCUGGGCAAAAAAGUAAUAUUUUCAAAAUAUUGAUAAGGGAAGUUAUUGCAUUUUAUAUAGCACAAGACUUUUUUCAGGUAAUAAAAAUGAAUAAUUUAUUGUGAAAUAAUGAUUCAUUUUAUAAAUGUAAAAUUAUUUUUAUAAAUUUCAUUGUUGAAAAUCAAACAUUACUAGAUUUUUUAAUAUUAAAUUAUAGUGAUAUACAAUG